AUGGCAUUGAAUAUAAAUGAACAAGCUCGCAAAGAAGCCAAUCUUCGACUUCUCCAGCGAACCACGGACCCUACGAUUAGCAAUAUUUUGGAUUCCGCCACUCAUGUUGUCCUGUACAAAUUUGCCCCGGCAUCACAAAGUUGGGAAAAAUCCAAUGUUGAAGGCGGGCUCUUUUUGGCAGUCAAACAAUCUGGAUACAUGAUGGUCAUUCUGAACAGAAAUUCUCCUGAUAAUUAUUCCAUUCAGCUGUCCGCCAACUUUCAAUUGCAGCAUCAAGAUCCCUAUCUCAUCUUUCGUCAGGUCGAACAAGGGGAGACUGUCAUUCGCGGAAUUUGGUUCCCCAAUGCGAAUGAGCGACUCACGGUCAACGAGUCUCUCAGUCAAGUGCUAGAGAGACUGCGAUCGCAACCGCCAGCGCCUACUCGCACGCCUGUUAAUACUCCUGCUCAUAAAAUACAUCCAUCUGCUGCUGCUGGAUUGGAUCAAGGAGCCGCACUGACAGCGCUACUGACACCACUUUCCUUAGAUACUGCAGGUGGUGCCACUCCAGUUCGUUCGAAUCAACAACACUACGCAGCAAUAACAACUCCCACACAACAGCAACCGCAACCCUCACAAGUCCUGGACAAGAAAUCUCUGCAAUUGGCGUUGCUCAGCUUGGUGCAAGAUGAUCGAUUUUUGGAUCUCUUGCAUGCACAAUACCUAAAGGUAGCCCAUGCAAGAGCUAGUCGAGGUAAUAAUGGUAAUUAG